GCGGCGCUUUACGGCUGCCGUGCUUCUCGCUCCGCCGGCAUGGAGGCGGAGGAGCUGGAGAGCGAGGCCUCGGAGCGGGAGCCUCGGGAAGGGACAGAUCAGAGCCCAGAGGCGGCGGAGGAGCGGGAGGAAUCCGAAGAGGCGGCUUGUGGCGCCAAGAAGCGGGUGGUGCCGGGUAUUGUGUACUUGGGCCACCUCCCGCCCCGCUUUCGGCCUCUGCACGUACGGAACCUUCUCAGCGCGUACGGCGAGGUCGGGCGCGUUUUUUUCCAGCCCGAGGACGGCUUCGUGAGGCGCAAGAAGAAAGCAGCGGCAGCCUCGGCCGCGGGAGGCAAAAAGCGGUCCAAGUACAGCAAGGACUACACCGAGGGCUGGGUGGAGUUCCGGGACAAGCGAGUAGCCAAGCGCGUGGCGGCCAGUCUUCACAACACGCCCAUGGGAGCCCGACGGCGCAGCCCCUUCCGUUACGACCUGUGGAACCUCAAGUACUUGCACCGUUUCACGUGGUCCCACCUCAGCGAACAUCUUGCCUUUGAGCGCCAGGUGCGCAGGCAGCGCCUGAGGGCCGAGGUUGCCCAGGCCAAGCGUGAGACUGACUUCUAUCUUCGAAGUGUGGAACGGGGACGGCGCUUCCUUGCCGCUGAGGGGGACUCUGCCCGCCCGAAUGGCACCUGGACCUUUGCCCAGCGUCCUACUGAGCAAGAGCUGAGAGCCCGGAAGGCGGCUCGGCCAGGGGGACGUGAACGGGCUCGCCUGGCAAAUGCCCAGGACCAGGCUCGCUCCAACCAAGGGCUGCUUGCCAAGAUCUUUGGAGCUCCACCACCUUCAGCGAGCGUGGAGGAACCCUGACCAGUCAGGGACUCUUGAAGGGUGGACAGCCCCCUUUCAUGUCUUAGCCCUGCUUCCUGUCUACCUGAUAAUGACUACUGAUAAUGAUUAUAUUAUCUUUCUAAGACCAGCAGUCUGGUGGGUGCUUAGACAUUGACGUCUUGUGUUCCUCUGGUUCCCCCCCCCUCCAACUCCUGUUGCCUGGCUGAGGCACCUAAUUCAUACUAGCAAGAGUGGGACUACUGCAAGAUGCCAAUUGUGUUUGAUCCGUGGCUGUCCGCCUCCUCUCCAGUGAGAUCCUCUGAAAAUCCCACUUUCUGGACCCAGGAAGAGCCUUUACUUCGAGCUAGAGUGAUAGUGUCAAGUCCAGGCAGCUAUUUCUACCAACUGUAGUUGAAGGGCAGCAGCAACAUCUGUUUUAUUUAGAAAAGAUUAACAGGGCCAGGGGUUAGUGGGAUGGGACUGGGUUGGGAGCCACCUUCCAAAUGUAUGUAUAGAAAAGAAAAAAUUUAUAUAUUUA